AUGGAAAAAAAAAUGGAAAAAAAAAUGAAAAAAAAAAAGGUAUUCUUAAAUAAGCAUCACAUUAAAAAUAAAAACUUCCAGAGAAAGAAACAUAAAUAUUUUACUGAUAAAAAAUUUUUGCGAAAAUUUAAAAAAAUCAAACAGCUAAAUGAAACGAAAACUGAAAUCGUUAAAACCGACCCAAUAAAAAACUUCUUUUUCACUCCAACUACUGAAGGAGAUAUCAAAGAACAGGAACAAAAUGAAGAGAGCGAAAUAAAAAUAUCUAAUAAGUUAGAAAAUUUUGACUCAAAAAAUGGUGAUAAUAAAUCUGAUGAGGAACCAGAUGAAGAGGAAGAUGAACAAGAUGAAAAGGAAGAAGAUGAAAAUGGUGAACGAAAUAUAAAGUCCAGAUAUAAUAACAUAAAAAAAAAAGGAGGUAAAACAGAUAUAUAUAGGAAAGAAUUAAGCUUGAUAGAAAAGAAUAAACAAGGACAAUUAUCUAAAGAAGAAAAAGAAGAAUUAUUUUUAAAAAAAAAACAAGAAAAAGAUGAAAAAAAAAAAAUACGAUUUCAAAAAUUUAAAAGAUUAAAUCAAAAAACAAAGAAAGGACAACCUGUUAUGAAAAAUUUAAUAAAACAUUUAAUAAAAAAAAUUUAA